UGCAGCGCAAGAGAUGCGCAGACCGAGGAUGGGAAGAAUGGAUGGCACCAUUUUUUGGACUCUGAAACUCGGGUGUCAUGUUCUUCGGAGAGGAGACAAAGAAACACACACUCCUAUGUCUUGAAGAAUUAGCCAAGGCUCUGCAUAAAGCGAAUUGCUCGUCUUUGGGUCAGUCUGUUUGCUGCAUCACAAGCCAAGCUAAGCCAGGUUCCAGAAGGUGAGAAUGACACGGAAUGACAACACACUCUACAAGUUCUGGCGGUUUGGGGCACCCCAGCCAAUCAGAACAAACAAACAGGAGACCAUGGGCUCGAAUCCCAAAUCCCAAGUGUUGGUUUCUAUGAAAGUUGGCCAAAAGGCGGUUUCGGGACUUGAGUGAGGGGGUCUAUUGACAGGCGAUGUUCUUUUGCAACUCCUAUAGUUUCUUCUUCUAAGGUUUCGAGCAAGUCUCAGCUGUGGACCUCUACCAAGUUGGAUGUCAACGUGGUUGUGUCUCAUAUCCUUGCGGGGUUCUGAAACGCUUUCGUGACUCAACACCCAGGCCCGGCUUGUCUCCUCCCAAGAUGCUGCGACUGGAAGAGGCGCAGAAGCCGGACGACGCUGAACUGGACGAGGAGGAGGUGCCUGAGGACCUGGGCGACGAUCCCAAAUGGGAACGCACACGCACCAUGCCUGCAUCCGUGACCUCGAAGGCCCUUGCCGCGAAGGCUGCAGGCGACCGGUCCACGCCCUCAGUGGCCAGCACCACUGACUCGGAUAAGACCGCUCCAGAGCGCAUUCGCGAGGAGAAGGGCUGUGAAGAAGACGCUGCAGCAGAAGAUCUCGGGCCAGAUCCUACUUGGAACCGCGUGAAUUCCACACCAGCAGGCUCGGCGAACUACGUGGCACCUCAGCCGAUGUUCCAAAAAGGCAUCGGCCUGUCGGGUGCCGCCGACGACGCCUUUGGCCCCAACCGCCGAUGCACCACCAUGGAGCAGGUGCGUGGCCGGGCGAUGGCUGCGAAUAUGCAGCAAGGUGUGGUGCCGGUGAUGAUGCUGGUGCCGCAGGGCAUGAUGGCUCCACAACAGAUGUCUGCGGGGACGCCGUACUUGAUGAGCCAGCAGUGCCAGCAGCCUGCUGUGAUGCCAGGUAGCGUGGUACAACAACACCCUGUGGUCCAGCCAACCGGCAACGCGAUGCAUGGAAACGUGCAGCCUCAGCAGGAUCUCCGACAGAUGCAGGCACAGGUCUUACAGGCCGCAAUGCCGGAGAUCUACGAAGACUGAGGAGCACUCGUUUUUCUUCAGCGCUUCUUCGAGAGGCAAAAUGUCUCAUUUAUACGUCUUCAGCUGACAUGUGACCCGUUUUCGAGCGCGGAGAUUCUUUAAAAUCAAUCAGCUGGGUCAUCCGUUGCCAUCGUGUCCAGG